GAUUUAAAUCGGAGAGGACGAAGAAGAAUGCGACCAUGUUGAAUUAGCAAGAACUAACACAAUAGAGACGUUUUAUUUGGAGUGAAUUUAAUCAAACGGUAAAGUGUUGAUCUGCCGCAAAAAAAAUUGUGAUAUAUAACAUCAGAGGGAGAGAAAGGUGACACAGGCUUGAACUGAAUUCUGCCCGACUCACACACAAAGCCACACACUUUGACAGAAGACCUGUGGUGUCAACAAGAGAGGAGGGAGACCCAGCUGAAACAAACAGGACAGACAGAGGGGAACAUAAAGCUGUUUUGCUUUUUGGACUACAAUUACCCUUUAUUUGAUUUUCAACAUCAGGAAACUACUUUCACAUGUGGAUGGACAUGUAUAUACACACAGAGUGGAAAACAAAUAUUGGACAAUAAGGACCAUAUUAUUUUGGAUAAAUAUUUCUCCAAAGGUUUGAAAAACCUUUUACAAGGACAUCGAUGUUGCGCAAUUCAAAGGGACUCGACGCAAAGCAAGGAAAUGUUUAAUCAAAGAAAGAGAUUUAACUUUUGAACAAAGAUUAUAUUACUGAUACUAUUCCCUCGGUUCAAAUUGUCUUAGCAGUUCUAUUGCAGGACUUACUCCUUGAUACUUGUUUACAUACCAUUUUUUUUAUAUUGUGUGCAGGUAUAAAAUAUUUAUGCAUUUGAAUGCAUAUAGCUCUUCAUUUGGAAGAGCUCUUGUAUUAAGACUUUUCAUACGUCAGUAAACUCUGAAGGGGACUAAACUGCACAUGUGUAUAUGUAACAACUACAAAUAUACUUCUGUUGUGAAAGCUUUGGACUAAAAAUAAUGGAGAAUAUUGUUUAAUGCUUAUUUUAGACUUGUCUACUUUCGAAGAGGCUUUUUAAGAAAAGGAAGAAAAAAAACUAAGGGAGGGUAAGACGUAAAUCUUUUGAGAGUAAAAACAACAGAAAGACAUGGCAUCCGCAAGAACGGAGAACCUUGGCCCUAUCGGCAUGGGACUGAACAAGCAGAACGGGCAGCUUAGGGGGGUGCCUAAACCGGCCUCUCCUCAAUCAGGACCCCUUGUCCUGGGCUCUCUGUUAAGCAAGGCUGUAGGUGCACCCCAGAAAGCAGGUGCUGCCCUGGAGGGAACUGGCAUUAGGUAUGGAGAUGACUGGAAAAAGAGCCUACAGCUCCCUCCCAAAGACACAAGAGUCAGAACCUCUGAUGUAACAUCCACUAAGGGAAAUGAGUUUGAGGACUACUGUCUGAAGCGGGAGCUCCUGAUGGGCAUCUUUGAGAUGGGCUGGGAGAAGCCCUCCCCUAUCCAGGAGGAGAGCAUUCCUAUAGCCUUGUCAGGACGAGACAUCCUGGCCCGAGCCAAGAAUGGAACAGGGAAGAGUGGGGCCUACCUCAUCCCCAUGCUGGAGAGAAUAGACCUGAAGAAGGACUAUAUACAGGCUAUUGUGAUGGUGCCCACUCGUGAGCUGGCCCUGCAGGUGAGCCAGAUCAGUAUCCAGAUCAGCAAGCACCUGGGCGGAGUGAAAGUCAUGGCCACCACGGGUGGCACCAACCUGCGAGAUGACAUCAUGCGCCUGGACGAGACUGUGCAUGUGGUCAUUGCCACACCUGGCAGGAUCCUGGAUUUGAUAAAGAAGGGCGUGGCCAAAGUGGAUAGAGUUCAGAUGAUGGUGAUGGAUGAGGCGGACAAGCUGCUGUCUCAGGACUUUGUGGUGCUCAUCGAGGAUAUCAUCAGCUUCCUGGGCAAGGGCCGUCAGAUCCUGCUGUACUCUGCCACCUUCCCCAUCAGCGUGCAGAAGUUCAUGGCCAAGCACCUGCAGAAGCCCUAUGAGAUCAACCUGAUGGAGGAGCUGACUCUGAAGGGCAUCACCCAGUACUACGCCUACGUCACUGAGAGACAAAAGGUCCACUGUCUCAACACACUCUUCUCCAGGUUGCAGAUCAAUCAGUCCAUCAUCUUCUGUAACUCCACCCAGAGAGUUGAGCUGCUGGCUAAGAAGAUCACCCAGCUGGGCUACUCCUGCUUCUACAUCCACGCCAAGAUGAUGCAGGAGUACAGAAACCGUGUGUUCCACGACUUCAGAAAUGGACUCUGCAGAAAUCUUGUCUGCACUGAUCUCUUCACUAGAGGUAUUGACAUCCAGGCCGUCAAUGUCGUCAUCAACUUCGACUUCCCCAAGAAUGCUGAGACAUACCUGCAUCGCAUCGGACGAUCAGGGAGGUUUGGCCACCUGGGCCUGGCCAUCAACCUGAUCACCUCUGAAGACCGCUUCAAUCUGAAGUCCAUCGAGGACCAGUUGGUCACCGACAUCAAGCCUAUCCCUGGCAGCAUCGACAAGAGCCUGUACGUGGCAGAAUUCCACGCCACCAACCCCAAUUGCGAGGAGGAGCUGAAGGAGACAGGCCGCCAACAGGUGGAGCCCUAGGACUCCUCAACUGGACAACAGGAUGUACCCGGCUUUUGCACAACAUUCAGCUCUUGCAGCUCAGGCACCUCUUCAACUUAUCUUUUCUCAACCUUCAGAACCUGGCACAUGGAUGUAUUUGUUUUUGCUGAUUUGUAUGUUCUGUUCUUGUUUCCCCUUUUAUUUCAUUAAGAGAUGCCGUCAUUUUUUUUGGCUGAAAUAGUCUUAACCAUGUUGUUUUGCACCAAAGGUAACUUGCCAAAUGCACACUGAUUUGAGUUAUCAGUCCUUUUUUGGCUUAA